AUGUUCUUUGAUACUGACAAUGUUCCUAAAAGGAUUCCAAAUGGAAGAAAGUACAACAAGAUGUGGUUAAUAAAUUUACUCCAGAGUUAUUGCAGUGUGGGCUUCACACCAGUUGAUUUCCAGUACAUCAGAAACACUAUACAAUUCUUUGUUCAAAAUGCCAAAACUGCCAUUGAAUUGAUGAAUAUAAACUACCAGAUAAGAGACGAGGAGAACAAAAGGAUUGCUAUCUAUGUAAACUCAUCUAGGGAGCCUGCAUCUGUACAUUAUAAGUUAACACCAGAACAAAUGCACACCCUAAAGCUGAGUAUGAAGAAACGAUAUGAUGUCUCCAGGAAAGAUCUAUACCUCAGAAAGAUUCGCUUUGACCAAGACUUGGUGAAUCGUGGAAUUGACAUAUUUCUGGACAGAAGAAGCUGCAUGACUGCCACCCUUCAAAUCAUCCAAGAGGAUUUCCCCGAGCUGUUGUCCUUGAACGUGAGCAACAACAAAAUAUACUGGCUAGAUGGCUUGUCUGAAUUAAUAGAGAAGGCCCCUCACGUCAAGACUCUCAACCUUUCAGGAAAUUUGGUAAGAACAGUGUGGGAGUUGGAGAAGAUGAAAGGGCUGAAGCUGGAACAGCUGUGGCUAGAAGGGAACCCCUUGUGCAGCUCCUUCCAAGACCAUUCUUCCUAUGUAAGUGCGAUUCUGAACUGUUUUCCAGAGUUAUCACACUUAGAUGGCAUGAAAUUAUUCCCAACAAUUGACAUUAACACCUUGGAAAUAAUAAAACCAUACAAGGAAAGCUAUAAAGGAUCUGAGAAUCUGAAGAAUCUGCUCAUACAAUUUAUGCUUCAGUACUACUUGAUAUACGACUAUGGUGAUCGACAUAGUCUUCUCAGUGCGUAUGAUGCAGAUGCCUGCUUCUCCCUGGCCAUCACUUUUAACUCCGAUAAGGAAGACCUGAGCAGCUUAGAAGACUACUUUAAAGAUAACAGGAAUAUGAUGAGGCUGAAGAACUCCUCUUUGCGAAUGCAGCUGCUGAAGCACAAAAAACAUAACAUCGUGACCUGCCUCCAUGAACUGCCAAAAACACAGCAUGAUUUAAAUUCCUAUGUAAUAGACCUUUGUGUCCAGACAGAAAAAAUGAUCUGCUUCUCUGUCAAUGGAUUAUUCAAGGAAGUGGCAGGAAAGUCUUGGGGAUGUGUCCGUGCCUUCACCAGGACAUUCAUCUUAACUGCUGACAGGGAUUUCAGGCUGUGCAUUGUGAAUGAUGAGAUGAUCUUGAGGAAUGCCAGCCCCACAGAGAUCAGGAAGGCCUUCUCUACCAGUCGGCAUCAGAACCUAAGUGUCGCAGUGUGCGCCAUGCGCAGCACGCUCGAGUGGCACUAG